GCGGUGGAAACUUCAGUGCGCGAUCAACCACCGACGUGUGUUUACGGUCGGAGCUCCAGCGGAAGCUGCGAGGCCUGGCUGCUUGUGGGGGGAAUGUUCCGAGAAUGCGUUGAAUUGAUUGCGUUUCGACGAGUUUCGGCUUUGGGAAUGGACCCGACCGUAUCACUGCUCCUUCCGAUCGCCUGCAUUCUGGAACUCGUGGUCGGUCAGCAAGGGCCGGUGUUCGUUCUCGAGCCACCGAGCACCCUGGUCUUUUCCAAUACCACAGGCUCCCAGCUAAGCUGUUCCGCUCAUGGGAGCCCAACGCCGCACGUCACCUGGAUAACCAGUCCGGAUCAGAGAUCGGUCACCGCAGUUCCCGGGCUAAGACAGCUGCUCGGGAACGGCACCCUCUAUUUUCCGCCAUUUCUGGCGCAGGAUUUUCGAGCGGAAGUGCACAACGCUAGGUACAGGUGUCGUGCGACCAGUUCAGUAGGAACCGUGCUUUCCAGAGAAGUCACUCUUCGAGCUGUGUUGACGGUGCCCGGCUACGAUGUUAGGGUGAACAGAUCGCCAGUGUUGGAGGGAUGCAACGCGGUUUUAUCUUGCACCGCGAGGGAGGACGUGAAGGAGCAUCUGACGGUCACCUCCUGGUUCCGCGACGACGCCAUUCUUCUACCCGGUAGCACGGAUACAGGUGGAAGAUUCGUGGUCACGUCUCAGGGGGAUCUGCACAUCAGAGCCACCAGACCCGACGACGGCAGAGCCACCUACUCGUGCUUAACUUUUCACGCGUUGACCGGUGAAAGGAGGAGGAGCGAGCCUGCCACGUUAACAGUCACAGAGCCAACGGGAACUAUGCCGCCACGAUUGAUGCAGAGAUCUCAGAUCGCCAUCUCAGCGGAAAGCGGGUCGGACGUUCAUCUAACUUGCUCAGCCCAGGGGAACCCAGCCCCGCAAUUUGCUUGGUAUCGCGAUGUUAACGGCCAUUCGAUACCGGUGGAGUCAUUUGGCCGAAUUCAACUGUGGGGUGAUUUGAUGCAAAUUCGCCGCGUGGAUGCUCAGGACGCAGGAAGGUACAUUUGUCGAGCCAGCAAUCAGAUCGGCGAGCAACGAGCGGAAACACACCUGUCGGUCACGUCAAAACUUAACGCGCGUAUACAACCUCGUGUUCAGAUCAUCAAUUCCGGAGAGUCGGCCACUAUGAAUUGCACGGUGGAGGGUUAUCCGGUCGAGAGCGUCGAGUGGUUGCACGACGGUGUGCCCGUAUUGACCGCGCAGGACACGAGGAUCAGAUUGCUGGCUCCUCUGGUGCUCGUGAUAGGCUCGGUCGGGCGAAAGGACAAGGGGAUGUAUCAGUGUCUGGUGAGGAGCGACAAGGAGAACGCACAGGCCACCGCGGAAUUGAAACUUGGAGACACGGUACCAGAGUUACAAUACACGUUCAUCGAGCAAGCAUUGCGACCAGGUCCUCCAGUAUCCUUGAGAUGUUCAGCGACCGGAUCCCCUCCUCCCUCGUUUACUUGGCUCCUGGACGGAGAGCCUCUGAGCGAGAUCGCCUCUGGACAUAGGUUCGUAUCUGGAUCAUCAUCGAUCAAUAUUCCACUUCUUAACCAAUGCACAAUGCGAUACAGGUACGCGAUAGGACAGUACGUCGAUCAGUCGGGAGACGUGAUCAGUCAUUUGAACAUAUCGUCGGCUGGGGCUGAAGAUGGCGGCCUCUACGCUUGUGUCGCUGCCAAUACCCUGGCAACGGUUGAGCACAAAGCUAGAUUGAACAUUUAUGGUCCGCCAUACAUCCGAUCGAUAGGACCAGUUCGUGCGAUAGCCGGUGUCGAUACAACCAUAGCUUGUCCUUAUUCCGGCUAUCCUAUCACGUCGGUCGAGUGGUCUCGUGGAGGAGUCGCGCUUCCUCUCGACAUAAGACACCGAGUUGACAGUGAGGGCCAUCUUACCAUCGCCAAUGUGGAUCCAAACGACGCCGGCACUUAUACUUGUAUGGUUCGUGCGAGAUCCGGCGAAACGGCGAGCAGAGACAUCCGGUUGACUGUCAGCAGUCCACCGGUUAUGAGCCCCUUCAACUUCCCCUCGAACCUCCAAGAAGGUAGCCGUGCUCAAGUCACUUGCACCGUCACUUCCGGUGAUCUCCCAAUCUAUUUCUCCUGGCUGAAGGAUGGCGAGCCGUUACCUUCCUCUUUACGUAUCGAGGAGAGGGUGGCCGAAUUCUUCAGCCUGCUCGUCUUCAAGGAACUCUCCUCCCGGCACAGUGGCAAGUAUACUUGCGUGGCGACCAACAGCGCGGCCAAAGUGAAUCACACGGCCGAACUUUUGGUAAAAGUGCCUCCACAAUGGAUCUUCGAGCCGCAAGACGUGGCUACCCUCCUGGGAAAUCCGUUGAACGUCCACUGCGAGGCGAAAGGAUUUCCUCCGCCGCGUGUCACGUGGUUGCGUGCCAGGGAAAGGACCUCGAACGAUUAUCAGCCUUUGAUCGAUGGCACCGACGGAAGAUUAACCAUUCUCCCAAAUGGAUCUCUGUGGACAGCUUCAGCUGGGCCCCAAGAUGAAGGGCAUUAUCUUUGUCGAGCGAAUAACGGCAUUGGAUCUGGUCUGAGCAAAGUGAUCUACGUAUCCGUUCAUGAACCGGCAAGAUUCGAGUUUCAGAGCAAGAACGUCACUAUCCGUCGUGGCGAAUCCGUGACCUUGGAUUGUACAGUAAUCGGUGAUAAUCCUAUUGAAGUGCAAUGGAUGCACAACAGUGAUCGUUUAGACACGAACAAUCAUCGGUUGAGCAUCAGUCAGAUAAAAACGGAUAACGGUCUCAAAUCCCAAUUAUCCAUAGGAAGCAGUGAUCGUCAGGAUUCCGGCGUUUACAGGUGCACAGCGGACAACGCCUAUGGCAGAAGCGAACAUCUGAUUUAUCUUGCUGUCCAAGAGAGGCCAGAUCCACCAGCUUCGCUAGAAGUCAUAGAAAUCGGGUCACGGUCGAUACGAUUAUUGUGGAGAAGGGCUUUUGAUGGAAACAGUCCAAUACGGAAUUACGUUAUUCAAUAUCGAUCUCUGAAUCAUGGUUUGGCGGAUGACUGGAAUCCCGCAAAAACGCACAACGUUACUUACACGCCCGGACAUUCGAACAAUGGCAACACCAUACAUCCGACACAAAAUGGUUUAUCUCCUUUCGAAACUACCAGCGACGAUCAGGAAGUAGCUUUAGUAGGUGGACUUCAUCCAGCAGUGACUUACACAUUUCGUAUAUUUGCCAUAAAUUCGAUAGACGUGAGUGUACCCACUGAUCCUGUGGUCGCCAAAACUCAAGAAGAAGCACCCACUGAACCACCUCAAAAUAUCAAAGUACAAUCAGCAGGACCUGGAGAGCUUAUGGUUAGCUGGCAGCCACCUCCAAAGGAAUCCUGUAAUGGAGAUCUAUUGGGCUACAUAGUGACAUGGUCAGAGCAUUCAUCUUCGACGUCAGGUGUGAAUCAAAGUAAAAGUUUGACUGUGAACGGAUGGGCGACUACAAAGGUGCAACUCACCGGCUUGAGAAAGUUCACCAAGUACGAUAUAUCGAUCAGAGCUUUCAAUAGCAUAGCCAGUGGCCCAGCUAGCGUUCCCAUUGUUGGAACAACUCAGGAAGGAGUGCCAGAAACUCCACCGACACAAGUAUCAUGUGUUCCUUUAUCUUCGCAAAGUGUAAAAGUUUCUUGGAGCGCUCCUCCACCUCAUCAACAUGGUGGAAUUAUUCAAGGUUACAAAGUGUAUUACAGACCUGUACCCACUGACAAUAUGGACAUAUCAACUGUACGUGAAGUAAAAAAGACUUCCAGUGUAGAAACGUAUCUACACACCCUGUAUAAAUAUACGAAUUAUUCUAUAAGAGUAUUGGCUUACACGGGUGCUGGUGAUGGAGUUUUGAGUCCUCCAAUUUUUUGUACUACAGAAGAGGACGUUCCAGGUCCUCCAGCUGGUAUUAAAGCUUUAGCAUUAACUGCAGAGAGUAUAUUAGUUUCGUGGUUACCUCCUUUGCAACCAAAUGGGAACGUUUCUAAAUAUACGGUUUACAGUAGAGAGGCAGGUUCCAAUAAUCAUAAUACACACACCAUGCAUGAACCACCAUCAUCUCCUACUGACACUCUUACUAUGGAAUUGCGAGGUUUGGUUGAAAGUCAAUUGUACGAGUUUUGGGUGUCAGCAACGACAGGGCUGGGUGAAGGAGAACCGACCACUAUUGUAACUCAAACUACGAAUACUAGAGCUCCAGCUAGAGUGGCAUCUUUUUCGCAAUUAUUAAGAAGGGCGAUUAAAUCGUCGAUCACGUUAUCCUGUUUGGUUGUGGGUAAUCCUACGCCUCGUCCAAUAUGGACGUAUCGAAAUAGCCAGAUUUCUACUGGAAGGCAUUACGAAUUGACUGCAGAUGGUCACCUCAAUAUUCGCGGAUUGGAACAAUCAGUCGCAGGCAAUUAUACAUGUUCAGCGAGCAAUUUAUUCGGUGACGAUUCCAUUACUUACACGUUAGUUGUAGUGAUGCCUCCUAGAGCGCCAAUUUUAGAAUUACAGUAUACGACAACGAAUAGUAUAAGAUUUAAGUGGAGUCAUCCCAAUAAUGGAGGUGCCACUAUUCAAGGUUACGUAUUAAGUUAUAAAAGGGACCAAGGUGGCUGGGAAGAGAUCGCAUUAUCACCCGAACAGACUGAAUUUAUUUUAUCAGGUUUAAAAUGCGGUUCUUCCUACUUGGCACAUUUAACAGCACACAAUCGUGUAGGCACUGGGGAUCCAAGUUCCUUAAUCAGUGCUACAACGAAAGGAACUGCGCCUCUAUUGCCAAAAGAACGAGAUAUCAUCUCCGCCAACGGUACUUUCGUAAAAUUGAAUCUUCUGUCCUGGCCAAAUGGUGGUUGCUCCAUCCAAUAUUAUACUAUAGAAUACCGUAGACGUAUUAACAGUGAACCAUGGAUUUUAGUGGCGAGUCGUGCCACGGAAAAUUUAAUCAUAAGAGAUUUAAAGACUGCCUCGUGGUAUAGUUUACGUUUAACAGCGCACAACGAUGCUGGAUCCACGCAAACGCAAAUGGAAUUCGCAACAACCACUCUCAGUGGUGUUAGCAUCGGUCCUCCGAACGAUUUGAUUAUGGAAGAUGACGUUAAGAAAACUAUACCGAAUCAUAAAGUGCUUUACGUAGUCGUACCUCUCAUUUGUGCUAUUGUUCUGAUUAUUUCGGCCGCCAUUUUGGGAUACGUGAUGUUAAAACGUAGUGGAAGAGCUAAUUAUUUAGGAGAAAUACUUCCUGGACAACAACAGAAUCAGCAGUCGGGAUUAGGAUUGGUCCAGCAACAGCAGCAACAUCAACAACAUCAUCAUCUUUCAAGUUGCAUGUCCACUAUGCAAUUAAAAUCCACUGCUGAACGCGAUAACAGGAGGAAUCAUCAGGUUUAUACCAGUUCUCCGGUAAAGCAAGAGAAUCAUAAGUCGAACGACCAUGGUUCAGAAAUGUAUGAAAUAAGUCCAUACGCCACGUUCAGUGUGCCAGGAAGAGAAAAUCGUUCAGUGACCACUGCCACACUCGACUACACCAUGCAAUUCAAAACGUUUGGACAUUUAGAGAACGAAGACAUCAACACGAUCGAUUACGAGAGAUCCAGUGUGGAUUUCGAGAGGUCUAAAACACCAAGGUGGCACAAGCAACGAUACUUCCCAAGCAUCGCAGAAGCGGAAAGUAAGCUGCGCUCGAGUCGCCAAGGUUCCGGAAGCGAUACAUCCGGAAGCCCUUGCGGAGAGUGCGCUGGCCCUAGUUAUAGGGUACCAGUGAAGCCUUGCAGAGAUGUAUUUUCACGAGGCGUGGAGUCGAGUACAGAAUCGAACAACGAAGGCUCACCUUCACUUGCGAGACGACGAAGCCGACAACCGAGCCGGUCUACUCGCAGUUCGGUGGAAGAUAUGACGUUAUUGCCGCCAAGCGGGUUUAGUGACAGCCGCGAAUUGAGCGAUGUAGAAUGCGAUCGUGAUCGUGAUCGUGAUCGUGGGGAACGUGAUCGUGAUCGUGAUCGCGAUUGGCAAGGCCUGUCAUCCGGGACCCGCCACGGCGGCAGCUUGGGUAGACUGCCCAUCGAGGCCGUGGAAUCUAUGCUCGCUAGGUAUCAACAAAGGAAGGAACAAGAAAGGCAAGAGUUCACUAUACACGUAUGAUCGAGAUUUAGUAACUCUAGCAGAAAUCUUCAUGAAAGCAUAUAAAGAUAAGUUAUAAAAAAAUUCUCCGACAAAUUGUUGAAUAUUCAAAAGUUUUGCAGAAUGUCAAUGGAAAAUUGUAAUUUAAAAAAUCGUAUGUUUGCAAGUGGCACACAUCUGCUAGUAAUAAAUAUAAACUCUUGUCAAAGUCAAGUUAAUUAGGAAUUUUUGUCGUAAAAAGAGUCUUUGCUCAUAUAUAGAAUACUGAGAAAAGCGUUUAGCAAAUUUGAAACAAUGUCCAUUUUACUGAAAAAAAAUUAAUAGUAGCAAAUCGUAAUAUACCUCACGGUUUUCUGUCAACAAAAUGUUAUUAUAAACUAAACUACCGUUUCUUCAUAUCUAAACAUUUUUCUCAGUGCGCUAUUAAGUUAUCGACAAGUCGUCUGAUCGAUUGAUUUAUUGAUUAUCGUUGCAUCGAAUACUGCCAUUGCGUUAUUCGCAAAUUUAUCGGUCGACCAAACACGAAAACAACAGGAACAAGUUACGUGAAAGUAUCGACAGAAGUCUUUUAGAGCUACGUUAGAAUCUCAUCUUCUGAAAUUUAAUCUCACUUAAGAGUCACAGACAUAAAAUAUUUCUGAGAAGAUUCUGCAACAGUGAUUAAUAGAAAGAAAAAGAUCCAUCAACAGAGUGUUAGGAAACAAGUCAAUUUAGACACGGAAUGAAGAAUUACACAUGUGUAUAAUCGUCUAACUACUGUAUAGUAUAGAUUGUAUUAUUAGUCACACUGUUACCAUGGAUUGUAUAGUUGAAAAGAUACGACGAAAGUAAAGUAUGGAGAAUCGUUUAUCAUCUUUGAGAAACAUCGUUUAAAUGUCUAUUAUAUAAUUGUUUCUUUGUUAUUAAAAAAAGAUUGGCAUUUAAAUGAAGGAUAU